AUGGAGGAUUGGGUUUUGUUGAUCAUCUGGGUUUCAUCCGAUUUCAUAUUUUUAGGGUUUGGAAUUUCGUCGAACAGUUUAGAGGCAUACCCUGAUUUUAUGGACUGCGAUUCCACGAAUAUCCAUAGCGCUGGUGGGCUUAUGCGCUAUUGGUCUGCUCCGACCUCUGUGUUUGCGAAUCUCCUCGAUGGAACUGAAGGUCUUCUUCCGAGUAACAAUGGCGGCGGCGGUAGUGGGGCAGAGGACUAUCGGGUCAUUCGAUCUACGAGCCCUGUGGUGGUUAAUCGAUCUUGUUCGAUGGUUAAUUGUGGUGGUGGAGAUCAGAUUGGGAACUCGUUGGGGGUUAUGAAUUUGAAUAACUCGAUGCAAUUGGAUUUGGGUGCGAGGAAUUCCGGUAAUCUUUUCAGGCAAAGUAGCUCUCCUGCUGGGAUUUUCUCUCAUUUUACUGCUGAAAAUGGCAAUACGACGAGGCAAUAUGAUGACGAUUUCCUCAACAGUUCUUGGCAUAACUCUGCAACCAAGGACUUAAAAAGAGGUAGAGAUAACAAUGGGCGAACGUUUCCGACAUCGAUCGUGCUCGAAACUCAGAAGGCUGGUUAUGAAAAUAACAAUAGUGGAUUGGCUCAUCAUUUGAGCUUUCCUAUAACUUUCAACAAUGAUCCGGUGGAGAAGUUUUUUAGAUUUCAAGAACAUCCUAUUCGUCACCAAAUUCGAGCUAAACGGGGAUGCGCCACGCACCCACGAAGCAUUGCCGAGCGGAAUAGAAGAACUCGGAUUAGUGACAGAAUGAAGAAACUACAAGAGCUGUUUCCUGACAUGGAUAAACAGACGAGCAAAGCUGAAAUGCUGGAAUUGGCCGUUGAAUACAUUAAAGGCCUGCAGAGACAGGUCAAGACCCUCACUGAUACGAAUGCGAAAUGCGCGUGCUUGUGCUCGAGUCGAUAACAAGAAGAAACACGUAUAUUUUAGCUUGGUUUUGAUUUGUACAGACCACAGGUAAAGCUUUAAGGAACAUGA